AUGACGACGGAAAGCCCCUCGCCCCCCAGCUCCGGCCUGCAGCAUGCCAAGCCGGAGCGUCCCCCUGGGGACCCCCAAGGCGACCCGGGCCCGGGAGGCGCCGUCGGGGGUCGCCGUCGCAAGCGUCCGGUGCAGCGGGGCAAGCCCCCCUACAGCUACAUCGCCCUGAUCGCCAUGGCCAUCGCCAACGCGGCCGAGCGCCGGCUGACCCUGGGGGGCAUCUACCGCUUCAUCACGGAGCGCUUCGCCUUCUACCGCGACAACUCCAAGAAGUGGCAGAACAGCAUCCGCCACAACCUGACCCUCAACGACUGCUUCGUCAAGAUCCCCCGAGAGCCGGGCAACCCGGGAGGCCUCAUCCCAUCCGCUGAGCCUCCGUGACCCUCCUGCUUCCCGGUACCCCCCAAGAUGCCCGGGCCCCAGGACCAGCCAGCCCUCGAUUCUCCGGAGACUGCUCACCCAGAGCGGAUUAGCCAGGCCCCUUUGGACACAUACGACUUUCUGCUCAUCCUCCGGCGUUAACUUUCCCCCGGACAAAACCUGGCUUCGUUUCUUAAACCGACCCAGAGAAACCCACUCUCCCAUUGGUCAGGGCAUU